AUGGCGCGGGCGGCGAAAAAUGGCGGCUCCAUAGUUCAUGGACCAUCACAACCAUGUGCCACUGACAAAACAUUUGGAAACUUGCUUAGAGAGCAGGCCCAGACCAAUGGGAAUGGACUGCUUGUACUUUCAGAUCACCAGAACAAAAGUCUCACAUACUCUCAGGCAGACAGACGAACAGAUGAUUUGGCGAGAGGGUUAGCUGCAAUGGGCGUCAAGAAGGGUGACAGAGUUGCUGUUAUGAUGGGAAAUCUGGUCGAAUACGUGGAACUGUUCUUCGCAUGUGCGAAAUUAGGCACAUUGAUUACUCUUGCGAAUUAUGGUUACUCAGAGCGCGAGUUGCAUUCUGUCCUGUCGUCCUGUGGAACUUCUGUGCUGGUCAUGGUACCUGGCUUUGACCGCUACGAUUACCGACCUUGGAUUCCCAGAUUGAAGAGCGGAAUCAAGUCACUAGAGCAUGUGAUUAUGGUGAAUGGCGAAGCAAACGAUGGCGCGCAUUCCAUUCCCUUUGAAGAGGUCGUUCUGCAAGGCACGAAGUCAAAUUUGGAUCUUCUCGCCAUUGAGCGGACAAAUAACUCCAACGACAUCCUCAACCUCCAAUUCACCAGCGGCUCAACGGGCAACCCUAAAGCAUCUGCUCUGACCCACAAAGGAGUUUUCAAUGCAGGAAAGCUUAUAGGCGACACAAUGUACCUCAAAUCAUAUGAUCGAAUCUGCACUCCGGUCCCUCUCUUCCACAGUUUUGGUAUCAUAAUCGGCCUCGCCACAGCGGCAGCACGGGGCGCAUCAAUCAUCUUACCCAGCGAAGUAUUCAACAUAGAGGCAACGCUACGGUCCGUGGAGAAGAACAAGUGCACGGGAAUAUAUGGCGUGACAACUAUGUUCGUGUCAGAAAUAGCACAUCCCAAUUUUAGCCAAUACGACAAGACGACUCUUCGUUUCGCAAUCGUCGCUGGCUCCGCGGUGCCGGAACCCCUCAUCAAGCGAAUAUGGGCUGCUUUCGGGAUCACCCAAACACACACAAACUGGGGCCUGACUGAAUCUUCAUCUAUUUGCACGAUGACGAAAGAUACCGAUACAAUGGAGAAGCGGACCAAGACAUCUGGCCGCCUAUUUCCCGGAUUCUCAGCAAAGAUUGUGGACCCAGUCACGAAUCUCAUCAUGCAACGAGGGGAGAAAGGCGAGAUCGUGCUUCGAGGGGCCGGAAUUCAAAAAUGCUACUACGGCGACGAGGAGAAGACGAAAGAGGCACACAAAAUAAGUUCAGAAGAUGGUUUGGAGUGGUUCCACAGUGGCGACGAAGGAUACAUUGAUCGUGAGGGCUACUUCUGCAUCACCGGCCGCAUCAAGGAUAUGAUCAUUCGUGGAGGAGAGAAUAUUGCUCCUCUCGAAAUCGAAGAGCGACUCAUGAACCAUCCUGCUAUUGCACAAGUCUCUGUCAUUGGCGUGCCGGAUGAGAAAUAUGGUGAGCAGAUUGCGGCAUUCGUGGAGUGGUCCGGUAAUGGGCGGGUUCCAACUGACGUUGAGCUGAGAAGCUGGGUGAGAGAGACGUUGGCGCAGUUCAAGCAGCCAAAAUAUAUCUGGUGGCUUGGAUCGAGAAAAGAAUUCCAGCUUUGGCCAAAGACCCAAAGUGGGAAGUUGAGGAAGCCAGAUCUAAGGAUAAUUGGGAACAGGAUAUUGGCUUCUGGUGUCAUUCCUAAUCAGAUAUCUGCGCGCUUAUAGACUGGCUAUUUAUUGACUACUCGGGGGAUCUUAGCGAAUCUGUGCAUUACGGUAUAUAGCUGUUAGACAGUAGUUUAAGAUAAACCCAAAGGAGAGGGGGAGAGGCGGGAGUAAGGGACAGCUAGGAUGAUGUGGGG